AUGGGUGUCCAGCCUACAAGGAGGCCAGGAGCGGCAGCUGUCCAAUUAGGCCGCAAGUCUCGGCCUACCAAACCAGCGGCGAGGCGAUCAACGGCCCAGCCGCCCAAGCGACCAGCGCGAGAUGAGUCACCAGCGGACUCCGUAUCGGAGAAUGAAGCUGAGGACCACAUGCCGCAGAAGAAGAAGCGCCGGAGGAAACCCCAGAACCCAGCCAACCGACUUCCUCGCCCGCCGGCAUCUGUGGCUGACCUUCCGGUCACACAGAGGCCCAGGGCGACUCCCAGGCAGAACUAUAGAGUGGCCACAUACACCAGCCACUCUGCCGCAACAAACGGAGGCGCCAGCAGCUGA